AUGGCCACCUUCGACGUCUUCGUCGUCGGAAGCGGCGGCGGCCCGUUCGAGGAUAACCUUUCAAGUUAUUUUUUGAAGCCGAGCGGCUCGUCGUGGCAGGACGGCAUCAUCGCGCUUGACGCAGGGUCCGGGCUGGGUGCCCUCAACAGGCUGCUCACCGCGCAUCCUGAGGUUUUCGCACCCCCUUCCGACUCGGAGGAGGACGUGCCCACAGCCCCGACUGCGGCCCAGGUGAACUCCUGGAUACAGUGCUAUCUGAUAACACACCCGCACUUGGACCAUAUCAACGGCCUUGUCCUCUCCGCGGGGUCCGCGAAGGGUCCGUCAAAGCCUGUCCGCGGGACGCAAGAGACUCUGGAGGUUAUCGCGGACGUCUUCGCCGGCAAACUCUGGCCGUCGUUGGCCAGCUGGACUGUAACUCCUAACGCCGCCUACCAUCUGUCGCCCCUCUCACUCGAAGACGAGUACGUGUCCUUAACGGACACUAUUUCCGUCCGCACCUUCCCGCUGAGCCACGGCACGCCCCCCGACGCGCCCACGUACGCCAGCAGCGCCUUCGCGCUCCGACACGUGCCCUCCGCCCGCGAGCUGCUCUUCCUCGGCGACGUCGAGCCCGACAGCGUCGCCGCGCACCCGCAGAACGGCGCCCUCUGGCGCGCCGCCGCGCCGAAGAUCCCGCAUGCGCUGUCCGCGGUGUUCAUCGAGUGCUCAUGGCCCGAGGGCCGUGCGGACGCGCUGCUCUACGGCCACCUCAGCCCUGGGCACCUCGCAGACGAGCUGGCGGUGCUUGCGCGCGAGGUUGUUGCGGCUCGGGAGCGUGCGCAGGCGGACGGCGGUGCGGAGCAGCCGCGGAAGCGCAGGCGGAAGAGGGUGUCGGACCCCGAUGUCGACGUGCGCGGGGCGCUCGCGGGCCUCCGGGUGUUCAUCACGCACUGCAAGGACGAUCUGCAGGGCGUGUAUGACAGGCCCAUACACGAAGUCAUCGCUGGACAAGUCCGCGAGCUCGUCGAGGAGCGCGAACUGGGCGCCGAGAUCGUCGCUGUUGAGCAAGGCAUGCUUAUUUACUCACACAAGAAACUCGACAGCGCUCUAUAA